GGGGACAGGCUUCCUGCACGAUUUAACCCGGGAGCGUCGCUCGUGUGAGGCGCAGGCGGCCGCCGGCGUGCGUGUAGGCCCUUGCUCGCCCGGCAGCCUCCAACUGCCCAGUGGCCAUGAUAGUGUUUGUCAGGUUCAACUCCAGCCAUGGUUUCCCAGUGGAGGUCGAUUCUGACACCAGCAUCUUCCAGCUCAAGGAGGUGGUUGCUAAGCAACAGGGGGUUCCAGCUGACCAGUUGCGUGUGAUUUUCGCAGGGAAGGAGCUGAGGAAUGACUUGACAGUGCGGAGCUGUGACCUGGAUCAGCAGAGCAUCGUUCACAUUGUGCUGAGACCCCAGAGAAAAGUCCCAGAAAGGAGCACAGCUGGAGGGGACAGCCCGCAGAACACUGCGGGGGGCUCUGAGAGGGAGCCUGAGAGCCUAACUCGUGUGGACCUCAGCAGCUCCGUCCUCCCAGCCGACUCAGUGGGUCUGGCUAUUAUUCUGAAGGAUGACAACGAGAAUGGUGGCCCACCAGCUGGAAGGCCAGCAGGUAGACCAACCUACAACAGCUUUUUUGUCUACUGCAAAGGCCCCUGUCAAGGAGUGCAGCCAGGAAAGCUCAGGGUACGGUGCAGCACCUGCCAACAAGCGACGCUCACCUUGGCCCAGGGUCCUUCUCGCUGGGAAGAUGUCUUAAUCCCAAACCAGAUGAGUGGUGAAUGCCAGUCUCCAAACUGCCCUGGGACUAGAGCAGAAUUUUUCUUUAAAUGUGGAGCACACCCGACCUCUGACAAGGAAACGUCAGUAGCUUUGAACCUGAUCACAACAAAUAGUCGAGACAUCACCUGCAUAACAUGUAUGGACAUCAGAAGCCCGGUCCUGGUUUUCCAGUGCAACUACCGCCACGUGAUUUGCUUAGACUGUUUCCACCUCUACUGUGUGACGAGACUCAAUGAUCGGCAGUUUGUCCACGACCCUCAGCUUGGUUACUCUCUACCUUGUGUGGCUGGCUGCCCCAACUCCUUGAUUAAAGAGCUCCAUCACUUCAGGAUUCUUGGAGAAGAGCAGUACAACCGGUACCAGCAAUAUGGCGCCGAAGAGUGCGUGCUGCAGAUGGGGGGCGUGCUGUGCCCCAGCCCGGGCUGCGGAGCAGGGCUGCUUCCUGAGCCCAGCCAGAGGAAGGUCACCUGCGAAGGGGGCAGCGGCCUGGGCUGCGGGUUUGUCUUUUGCCGGGACUGUAAGGAACCGUACCACGAAGGUGAAUGCAGCGCCCUGUUUGAAGCCUCAGGAACAGUUACUCAGGCCUACCGAGUUGAUGAGAAGACGGCAGAGCGGGCUCGGUGGGAGCACGCCUCCAAAGAAACGAUCAAGAAGACCUCUAAACCCUGUCCCCGUUGCCACGUGCCGGUGGAAAAACAUGGAGGGUGCAUGCACAUGAAGUGCCCGCAGCCCCAGUGCCAGCUCGAGUGGUGCUGGAACUGCGGCUUGGAGUGGAACCGCGCCUGCAUGGGGGACCACUGGUUCGACGUGUAGCUGGAGCAGUGGCCACGCAGGUGCACUCAGCCGCCAUCGCGCUGGGAAACAUACAGAGUGUCCUUGUGUCAUCUGCUACUUCUCCUUUCUCUAAACACACACACACACACACACACACACACACACUUCAAGUUCUUUCCAAAAUCACAAAAACAGUUAUAAGAGAAGCUCUCAGGAUCCCUUUCACUGUGCCCCUGGGAAACAGCCAAGCUAAUGGUGAGACCGUCAGGACGUAUCCGCAGGCCUCGGCGAUACGCGGACACCAGGGCACAGAUGGCAGCGCAAUUCGCCUUUUGUACGGGUUGUCAUUCUUGAGUGAAUUCAAGUCAGGCUGGAAAAAUACACAGAUUUCUCAGGUUCAAUUACCUGCCUUUUACCUUCAGCAAACAAUGGGAAGAAGCCUUUGGUGAGGUGGGAAAUAGUUUUGAGGAACUAUUGUCAGUGGUUCUCUCUAAGACUGACUGCAGUGGAUUCUGAGAACGACAUUCACAGCUUAAAAAGCGAUGCCCGUAUUUAAAUUUUCAGAAAGCAUCUAUUCCCAAAGAACACAGGCAAUAGUCAAAACCAUGUGUUUAUCCCCAAGAAUUCUAUUUUUAUGUAUUGCAUUAAUGAAAUAUCAACUCUGCACGAAUCAGCUUGUCAACUAACUGAGAAAUUAUGAAACUUAAUCUGAACAUUGAAUGUUCAAUGUUCAAUGUAUAGGGAAGAAAUCAAAACUUAGUGUACUUUCACUUCAUUUAAUUAUACGCAACGUUAGAAAGAUAUUGUUUUUCUGAAAAUAUUACACAAUCGAGAAUUUGAUUUUAAACAUUCAUUUUGAGCUUGGAGAAUAAGCUCAUACGUCUGGCUUCACUGUCAAUGUAAUGAAUAAGGUGCCUCUAGAGGGGACACUUUUAGAAAUGAUUUCAUAAUGAUUCUCAGUGUUAACAAACAUGCAGGUUAUUAAAGCAGAAUCUGUAAAGAAGGAGCGUUUCCAGAUCAUCAAAAUGAAAUUUUAUGCACUUUCUGUCCACCUGGACCAUGUUAACUAUAUUUUUUUGUAUCAAAAUACUUUAUUCUGGACCCCUUUCAGAUCUGAUUCAGAUUAAAGUUGUCAAAGCAGCAGAGUGCAAAGGGAAACUGCAACAACAACAAAAAUGUGCCUGAAAGGAUAAAGGGGGUCAUUGGGGACGAAUCGCGGUGAUACGGAACCAAAAUACAUUGUAAGUGUAAUUAACAUGGCUCAGGACAGCCCACUCGGGGCUCUGCCCCCCCAACGGGUUAUUCAGAGUUCUUUUCUCUAGGACGUAAGCUCACACGAGAAUACUUCCUCACGUUAACAUGGCUUGAAUUGGAUUGGUGAUCAAGUUUUCAUCCUUUUUUUAUUUUUGAGGCAUUCACAAUACAUCAAAAAGAGCUGUGUUUACACUGAAUGCAGCAAACCCCAUCCUCCACAGCACAGCGUGUGAUGGAAAAGUCAAACCACUGUCUUUGUUCUCGCCCGCCUUCUCAGGGAGAUCGUGACCAUCACUGAGGGUGUAAUGACUCUCACUAGAGCACAGGGUUUCUUUUGGAUUUAGAGACCCUGGAAAUUAUGAAAUCUGUAGCAGGCCUUGUCUUUGUAGACGUAGCACCAGAAAUCCUUGCUGGAGGGAGAGAGGGAAGGACCCCAGCAGACUCCCCCAGGACAUCUGUCCCUCUGUCCCUAACCAUCCAUCCAGGGACAGUCCCCCCUCUCCGUCUUCCUCAGAGGUCCUGCAGCUGGGAAAUGAUAGGGGGGAGGCAGCCUCGUCAGUGGGAACGGCCUCACAUGGCUUCACUCUGUCGGAAAAUCCAACCUCCCCAGCACGGCCCAGAGGCUGCCACCUCCUGUCAGGGAGCCUAUGGAUGGUACAGAGAUAGCGGAGAGCCAGUCUCCCAAGUAAGAAAGAGGCAGGUCACCAGGCUGGAGCCCCACAUCCCCAUGGCUGGCAUCAGGGCUCAGCCUGGAACGCACGCGGGGCCUGCCUGCGAGUUACCAACAGUCCCAGCAGGUAGCAGCUCCGUACGCGGAGCCGGCAGGACAGUCAGGUGGUUCCCUCUGUAGGGGGGCACCCAGCAUCUUAUACCCGCCACAGCUUCACGGUUUAAUGACUCUGCUGUUACUGCCCCCUCCCGAUCUGCAUGGUUUGUUGGGUACGCCGGGCAGACAAGGUUUGCUCCCACUCGUGCAGGCAGUAGACGUCCUAGGUCCCUGCUGCUUCUCUGGUGGUACCUCCUUUUUUUUUUCAGAAUAGAAUACUGAUUCUUAAAACAAGUUAAAGAGCAAGCAGCCACUGUAAAUGAGUGUGAAUCACAAACCACUAUAAAUGAACAUGUCUGAGCAUUGAACGGUGCAACAAACUGUGAAUCUAGCAAAAGAACAGAAAUAAAGUCUUUGCAGAAGAAUCUUUACUUUUCUCUGAACUGUGUAAAGAAAUACUUGGCAGCUAUGUCUAAGGUUGUACUCAAAUUGUCAAUAAAAGUAUC